AGCUGGGUAUUCCUUACAGACACCGUAGCAUCACUAUUCUCUUCUCUGGUUUGCUCUCACCUGCUGCAUUCGCAUAUCCUUCGUUUAGACCAGUUCUAUCCUAUUUUAUCGCUGCGGCGCCAGUCCGAGCUGUUCCUUGCUCUGUUUGCCUUUCUAUUGCAAUUGGAACAAGAGAUCAGUCAAAUUUAAAGGAGGGACACCUGUGUCACCUACUUUACAACAGUCAGUACGCUGAAAGGAGAAAACCAGACCAUAAAGCAAGUGAAUUGCUGGUUCCUGAGUCACACGACGUGUAAGCAGCGGUGGCCGUCUUCAACGGUUAUAUCUUUCGCAAACCUAUUACCGCCACGAUGCAGUACUCAAACAGUGCCCAACAACAUCCUUUCCCUGACGACUUUGACCGUAAAAAUCGUUUCCUUACUCCACCAAGCCCAGAUUCAGGCUCCGGAACACAUAGAGAGCGCGCUACCAGCCAGCCGCCCCGCAGUAACGGCCAGACCUUUCUCAGUUCUCCCUCGUCUCAGCACAUAAUCCCUACAAGCCUGGGAGGAGCUGGAGGAGCGCCCUGGUCAAACUCACGCAUGGCGUCCGGUCUCAAUCCAAACAGCCGUACGGCUUUACCCUCCUCUGUUCCCACACGUAGUUCUUCUUUCUCUGCAAACCAACAAACUCACUUUUCAUCUGCGAUGCGCGAAUCGCGCGCAUUUGCUUCCACCUUUGAGGACGACGAAUCUGAGGCCCUCUCCGACACGUAUGACGAGCGAUAUGUCCCGCCAUCGAUGUCUUCAAACAGAGGUAGACCUUAUGCCCCCGAUCUUGCUCGUAGCAGAUCACAGUCUUUAGCUACUACUACUCGCCCUGGACCCAUCGGAAGUCCGCUGCAGCCUCAAGGUCUUUGGCCUGAAUCUCCUUCUCUGUCUUCAAAUCCGCUCAAUAUCCCUGGCUCACGUUAUGGCGAGAUCAAGCCGCCUGGCAGCAGCCGGUAUGGUUCCCUUGGAACUCUGGGCAGGUCUCCUCUGAGUAACACUCUUGAUUCACCCAUUGGCAGUGCCAAUGGUUUUUCUAAUAGACAAACCAUCGACAUAUCAAAUAUGAGUCCGUUCGUGCGAGAUGUUGGUCAGAUCUUGUUGGAUGACGGUUCUGCAUUCCGCGAACUGUGGGCAGGCAUGCAUCCUCCUAGAGAUGAAAAUGGUGGUGGCGGUAGUGGUACCACUAGCAGGCGGCAUAGUGUUAGUGUAGUGCAACCGAGGAGGCCCACCAUAGUAGGAUUCAAUGCACCUGGUAAUGAUGACGAACCUAGUCGGCCCUCGCUGUUUCAAUCACAGCCGUUUGGUCGAGGUGGAUUGAUGUUGUCAGAUGACGAUCUUGCAGCUGAUCUCAAUAUGCUCAACUUGAGUGCGAAAGAAAAUGGCCCCGCAUCUUCGUCUCAUCCUCCUAGCCAGCCCUCUUCACUGCCUAUCUAUGCCCCGCUUUCCCGCAGUCCCCCCUCCUCGGAUCGCAUCUCCCCGUACCAAUCUAUCAAUCUCAGCAUACCCUCAGGCAACUCUUUUGCCUCUCGUCAGCACUACGGCUCUCCCAGUGAUAGCGGGUUAUCCGCUGGCGGAAGCCCGUCCCGAGGUCAUUUCGACCAGCAGGUUCCUGAAUCGUACUUCAAUUCUGGUGCAGGUGCUCAACAGACACAAUUGACUGCACGGUUCAUCCCCGGUCAGGGCAUUCAAUACCUGCCUCAGCAGGGUAAUGGAAUCACAGGCAUGACUCGCAAUGUUUCCAUUGGCGCGGGUUCUAUGGCCUCACCGAUCUCUCCGACUAGUGGACGAGCCAUACAUCCGCAGCAGGGCCCAUUUUACCCUCAGCAGAUUCAGCGACGUCCCUCGGAUGCAAACCCUGCUAAUAUCGCUGAUCUUGGUAAGGGCGUGCCGCUUUCUUCCGUGCCGGCUUCUUGGCCGUUGUACAUUGUCGAAUUUAAAGCUGGUCGCACUGACCUGUUUUACUUGACCGACCUGAGCCUAGACAUUAGAGUUGGUGACCUUGUGAUUGUAGAGGCGGACCGCGGAAAGGAUCUGGGUAAAGUUGUCAAUGAUAGUAUUACGUUAAAGGAAGUAGAAGCCUUCCAGAGGGAGCAAAGGGAGCGGAUUGGAUUCGGCGAUGGAGGUCCGAUGAGCCCUGGAGGAGCACAGGGAGGAGCUAGUGGUAAAAAGGAGAUCAAUCCCAAAAUGAUCUACGGAAAAGCGCAACCUCAUGAUACGCAGCACUUGGUUACUAAAAUACAAGAUGAAGUCAAGGCACUUCAGUUGUGUCAGAGUAAAGUUCGACAAAAGAAAUUGCCGAUGGAGGUUAUAGAUGCUGAGUAUCAGUGGGAUCGACGCAAAUUAACAUUUUACUUUAUCGCUGAGAAGCGAAUUGAUUUCCGAGAGCUUGUACGAGAACUAUUCCGACUAUACAAAACAAGGAUCUGGAUGGCCUCACUUCAAGGCUCUGGCGGAUACGAACAGUAGUCCCUCGAUCGAUGAACAUAAAGGAAGGAAACAAAAGAUUUUAUCAACACAGGCCAUUUAAUCUGACCUUACACGACCUAUCAUGCCUUUCCCGAUUCAUUUCGUCUUUAUCUAGAUAUGCAAUAUCCGUUCUGUGUUUGGGUUACAUUUACCACCUCUAGCACUGCCUAGAUUUCCCCACUUUCUCAUAAAUUCGUUGUGCUUGUACCUGUGAUUCCUGGUUACCGUGACAGCAAACCAUGCAUGCAUGAACUAUUAUUUCUAUUCUUUUUUACCGUUUUUGCAAUGUACGUUAAGAAUGUCUUCAGAUGGUCCAUAUCUUCACUCUUCUCUGUUUUUUUGUUUCGUUUUGUUCCUGCCGACACCUAAUAUUCAUCUAUAAAGAUAAAAGAGAGUCAUUUGACUAUGUGAUGUGCAUUUUUCGUACAUCCUGUAUUACUACUGUAUAUUCUCUGAAAUAUAGUACGCCCUUUAUGCAAUUUA